AUGGAGACCGGUGUGAAGUGGAAAUGCUAUAUCUCUGCUUUUCGUCUGGUUAGUGAGUCAAAGAAACUAAUUGGUGCUAUACUCCGCGAUCGCCCGACAAUCCAUUCCGUUCCAAAGCCGUGCGAUAAUCAGUGGCUCUCCAGACCCGGUCUAAAUCCAUCCGAGCCCGUCUGCCGCGCCGACUCGAGUGGUUUGGUGUAUGCCAGGUCCACCCUCCCCCCGCCCCCUACGCCGUUCCUUGCAACCUCCCCCUACUUCCGCCUGCUGCAGAUCCGU